GAAAGAAAGGCAAGUCGGUGUGUCGCUGGUGUUGAGAAGUGCGGUUGGUGUACCGUUUUGAGUAAGACGAAUUGUUGUUCGCAAAAAAGGAUACACGUGUCAGUGAUAUAUCAAAGCAAAACAACUGGACAUUUGACUUUUUUUCUGGUGCUGAAGAGCAAUGGGGAAACACAACAGUAAGCUGGCCCCGGAGGUCCUGGACGACCUGACCAAGAGCACGGAGUUCAACGAGGCCGAGCUCAAGCAGUGGUACAAGGGCUUCCUGAAGGACUGCCCCUCCGGCAUCCUCAACCUGGAGGAGUUCCAGCAGCUCUAUGUAAAGUUCUUCCCGUAUGGCGACGCCUCCAAGUUUGCUCAGCAUGCCUUCCGGACGUUUGACAAGAACGGGGACGGCACCAUCGACUUUCGGGAGUUCAUCUGUGCCCUGUCCAUCACCUCACGGGGCAGCUUCGAGCAGAAACUCAACUGGGCCUUCAACAUGUAUGACCUGGAUGGAGACGGCAAGAUUACACGCAUGGAGAUGCUGGAGAUCAUAGAGGCAAUUUACAAAAUGGUCGGCACGGUGAUCAUGAUGCGUAUGAAUGAGGACGGCCUGACCCCUCAGCAACGCGUGGACAAGAUCUUCAGCAAAAUGGACAAGGACCACAAUGACGAAAUCACGCUGGAGGAGUUCAAGGAGGCGGCCAAAAGUGACCCCUCCAUCGUCCUGCUCUUGCAGUGCGAUAUGCAGAAGUAGGGGGGAGAGGAACAGGAAG